GCGCUGCGGGACGGAGGCUGAGACACAGGGAUGAGGAUGAAGAGGAUGAUGGAUUAUAAUAACCGAUGAAGGGAGACGGGGCAAUGGACUGUUCAGUACAACAUGUGUGUUCGUGACAGCGGGACUGAUUCAUUCAUCUCUCAUGUUUAUUAAUUACAGGCUGAUGAAGUUCACCUGGAUGCGGCGGCGCGCGACACGGAUCGUUCACUCAUUAGUGCACGAGAAAGUGAGCUUCCUCCAAAUGAACCUCAAGGACAAACUCACAGAACACCACGACAAUGUGAAUAUCCAAUGCAAAAAAAUGACUUUUCCUGUGUCCUUUUUGAUACCCAAGCACACUAUAGCAAUUAUAAAUAUUUGUUUUUGCCCGCAACAUGCCAACAGUAGCCUAUCCUGAGCCGAUGGGUUUAACCUAUUUGUUUUAAUCUGAAACCAGUGUUUGUGAGAGUUAUGACGCAGAAAUGCCCGCUUGAUGAAGAUUGGAGAAGAUUAAUAUGUGUGAGCUGAGCGGUUCGCCAAUGACGGACAGUUGACGAACAUUGUUUUUACUUAUUUUCUUUUGUUUUCUUUUAAAUAAGAGGAGCGCCGUUCCGUUCCGCCCUGACGCGACACCGCGACGCGUCGUUUGGAGUUUCUGAGAGCGCGUAUUCUGAGUGACAGCGCGUUGUGCGCGUUAUUCUGAGGGACAGCGCGUCGUGAGCGUUAUUCUGAGGGUUGAUGUUCUGCUGGCCGCUCGCGCUGCUUGUGAUGGGCUGUAUUCAGAGUAUCAGAUGCAAACCCAAGAGUUUCCGCGACAGCGUCAUGGUUCUGGAGGUCAACUCGUCCAUCGACCCGAACCCCACCAGCAUCGAUGAGUCCUCCAGCGUGGUGUUGCGUUACCGCACGCCGCACUUCCGCGCCUCAGCCCGGGUCAUCGUGCCGCCCGUGGCCGGGAAAGAGAGCUGGACGGUCGGAUGGAUUCAGGCGUGCAACCACAUGGAGUUUUACAACAAAUACGGAUCGAAAGGGAUGUCCAGCUGGGAGCUUCCGGAUCUCCGAGACGGGAAAAUCCGAGCUAUCAGCGACUCGGACGGCGUAAACUACCCCUGGUACGGCAACACCACUGAAACCUGCACCAUUGUGGGUCCCACCAAGAAGGACACCAAGUUCACCGUCAGCAUGAACGAUAACUUCUAUCCCAGUGUGACGUGGGGCAUCCCGGUGAGCGACUGCAACGUUCCCAUGCUGAGCAGCAUCCGUAGGGAUCAGAGCUUCACCACGUGGCUGGUGGCGAUCAACCAGGCGUCUGGAGAGAUCCUGGUUCUGCAGACGGUGCGCUGGCGCAUGCGUCUCCACAUCGAGGUGGAUCCCGAGAAGCCGUUGGGAAUGAGAGCGAAGCUUCAGGAGCCGAUCCCGCAGGAGCAGCCGCAGGUUCUGGGAAAGAACGAAGCCAUCCCGCAAAAUGCCAUGGUGAAGCCCAACGCCAACGACGCGCAGGUGCUGAUGUGGCGUCCGCGGGUCGGAGAGCCGGUGGUUGUCAUUCCUCCCAAACACUGAGACCGGAAUGAGCUUCCACCAAAACGGGUCGGGAAUCACUGUGCUAAACGCCACUGCAAAAAUACAAGGCUUUUUUGUGUGUGUGUGGGAAUAUUGCUCGAUGAAACGCGACGUCUCUGACGAAUGGAAAGAGGGUCCGGCUCAAUCCAUACUCUAGUGGACUGAUCAUUUCAAGGGUAUCAAACGCCAAUCUAUCUAGUGCACUGAAACGCUCUCUCACUUAAAAAGUCCCACAAUGCACCGCAAAACCAGGGAGCAUUGGGGAAAUUCUGAAGUGGGAAU